AUGCGCCAGUUCGAGGUUGGUUAUGAAGGCGUCUGUACACUUCGCAAUAUAGAGGAGGCGAAAAAGAGUAGUAAGUCUUCUUAUGCACCUGAUUUACAAAGAAAAAUAGAUGGUAUUGAGGCUUCUAACCUUUUGUGGUGGGAUCCACUUGGGAGCCAUGUACUCAGUAACGAAUCGGAUUUGGUGAGGUCUUUGUCGGAUGAAGAAUACAAAUCUUUCAUGGAGCCUGUAAGGCGUAUGGAGGUGGCCAUCCCUUCUAUCAUAAAAGAGAUGUGUGUUAAUUUCGUGGAAAACUUCAGCUAUGAUAGUGCCGAGGUUUCGCUUUUCAAACUUGCACACGAUAUGAAUUGGAAGGAAAAUGUUGAUACACUCCAGGGAGUUACUAAGAGAAUUUUUAACACAUUGGAAGAAGUCUGGGAUAAUCCAACUUUUGGGAAGAAAUUUGCCAGUUCGCAAAGCGAGGGGACGUAUGUAACUGACAUCAUAGUCCCUGUUAUUCGAACCACAUUGAAAGGCCUUCCAGUCGGAAAAUCUGCUUUUGUCAGCACAAAAUUAUAUGAACUAAUGUAUUCCGAAUGCUCACGUCUGGUCUGUGAUGAUGAUAAAGAAUUAAGUGAUUGGGUGAAGCUGUGGCGAGAAUUGAACGAUGGAAUGUAUUGGACUCGUAAGGGUUGCAAAAUAGAUGAAGAUGAUUUCGGUAUUGUUGGGAUUCAAAUUGCUGGAAAGAUGCUCCAUCUAUUUAUUCUUAUUCGAGGUGGAGAUGAAUUACAUCGUUUAUACCGUUUACGCUCUGUGGAAAUCCCAAUACAACACACCACAGAUACCGAAAAGCUGAUUGAUUUACUAAGUUUACUUGUAUCAUAUAGAAUAUUAUGGUCGUCAACCUAUCCCUAUUAUUCAACUCCAAGAAGACCGCAAGUGGAAAUAGUGAAAAUAGUUCAACG